UGAAAUGGUAGGAGAUAAGGACCGAACCAUGUGCGCUUGAUGUGAAGCUGUCGAAGGUGACGUAGUACGCGGAGAAGACCUCCCGACCUACGUGAGGAGUUUGCUGUUCACAGGCCAGAGUUGUCCUGCAAUCCAUGAGCUGAAUUCUGGAAAAUGCUCAAGAGGAUCUGCAGAAACUAGCAGUGCAAAAGUACGACGCGUAUGAAGAAAAUUCGCACCUUGUGAUCCCGGAUCGGCAGGCAUGUUUUGUUUUACUUACCUUGAGGGCUCGAGACGAAAAUGAAGCGACAGCUCAGCGAUUCAGUAUACGAGUUUCAAACCCCUGAUGGGGACUUUGAUGUGGAGCUCGUUUUCUUUCACGGACUUUGUUUCUCUGAGUAUGCCGAUGCGUACGAGACUACAUGGAGGGUGGAAGACGGGAUCGAAGGUACCAGAUGUUGGCUCAGGGAUUUGGUUCCCAAAACAUUUCCUGGAGCACGGAUUCUGGCCGUUUCCUACGACUCUUGUGCCAGAGUAUCCGAUCGAGCGGGGAGGAUGAGUUUCAGCAAUCUGGGCAUAAUUCUUGUGCAGGACUUGAUACAUUUGGCCAAAGUGGGUCAGCGAAAUCGUCCUGUAGUGCUCGUUGGGUACUGCCUGGGAGGUCUUGUCAUCAAACAACUGUGUACUGAAGCAGAGAGGCAGCUUGAUUACUCACCAGACGGUGCCAGCAAAGGCAGAUUGGAUCAGUUCUUGACAAAUGUUCGGGCUAAUGUUUUCCUCGACACUCCACACGCCGGUACCGAUUUGGCCAAAUAUCUGAAAAAAAAGGAGAAAUGUGAUGGUCCUGUCCUCGAAUAUCUGGACUCGUCCUCUGCCUCGUUGGGACACCUGAACAGCAAUUUCGAGUCUCUUGCUACUGAAAGAGAAUGGGAGCCCUUUAGUUGCUGGUACUUCAGGAAGACAUUGGUAUGGUCUUCCGUGAAACUCUCCAAUUCAGGUCUUCAGGUCGUUCAGGAGGAAUCCGCAAGACGAGGACAAGGAAGAUUCUUUUGUGUUGAUGCUGACCAUUCUGGGAAGGCCUCGAGUGGGCGUAGACAGUUGGAACAGCCGUUGGAUCAAUUGGAAGGGUUCGUUGCUGAUGUCGUUAGUAAGACGAAACUACCACAUUCACAGGAAGCUCCGGUCAAGAUCCAUACAUGCCCAACGUUGCCUCGAGUGAAAUAUGAUCAGCUGAAUGAUUCCUUGCACGAGAUCUACCGACCUAAGGCUGAGGUGAAGAUGGAGCUAUUAUUUUUCCCCGGACCACAAGGUAAGGAUGGCUAUAAGGCGACUUGGAUGACUGAAGAUAGCGAACACUGCUGGCUGGAAGAUUGGCUUCCAGAAGCAUUCCCGGAAGCACGUAUAUGGACUGUGUCCUACGAUUUGGCCGAGAUUGAUCCAGAGCUCAUUAGCGAGAACUUGAUUACAACUCUUAUUCUCAGCAGAAGUUAUGGGUGGUGCCCAAUGAUAUUAGUUGGACAUUGUGUUGGAGGUCUUGUCAUCAAAGAGUUCUGCAGUUUUGUUGUAAAUAAGAUUGGAAAGGACGAAAACUCCAAACGCUUACAGGAGUUUUUGGGAAGUGUAAGGGGCAUAGCAUUUUAUGGAACUCCACAUUCUGCCUACACGCAAUCAGAAACCUCAAGGCUGAGUGUUGGGGCCGGUGAGAAGAAAGGUAGUGCAAACCCCUCUGAACCUAGAUUUUGGUCGGGCAGAGCUGUCGGAAGGCUGAACUCUGGCUAUAUGCGAUGCGUUUCAAGCUUCGGUUGGAAAGAGUUGGCUCUAGGUGAAACUCAUCCAACGCAACAGGGCUCUCGCAAGAGCAUUAUUGUUGACGAGUUUUCUGCAAGUAAUGGGAUACAGCGCAACUCGUUCUUCCCUAUUGCAGCCGAUCACUUAUCUUUAUGUAAACCAAAGAGUCCUACUUCAAACUGCUUCCAGUAUCUUGUGCAUUUUAUCCAUACCACAAUGAAUGAGGCACAGUACGCGAACAUGAAUGUUAGGCGAAAGAAGAGGAGAGGCAUUGCUCUUCUGAUUGGCAUGGAGAAGAAAAGGGAUGGUAGUGAGGCUGACCGGUACCGAGUGGAAAGCAUGGCGGAUUAUCUCCAUUUUGAUUUUGUGCCGGUUAUAGACAUAAAAGCAAGUAAGAUACAACAUAAGCUUGAAGAAAUACUGGCAGGGGUGAAUGAAACAGAUGAAUGUAUCGUUUGUUGUGUGGAUGCUCACGGAGAGGUUUUAGAUGGAAUACACUUCAUUCAUGACAACGAGGGCGAUCGUAUCGAACUUCUUUCUAAGAUAUUGAAGCCCAUCAGUGACUGCGACCUUCUAGCAGGGAAGCCGAAGGUGUUUGUGGUGAAUUCUUGUCGUGAAAUCCGUGGAGGGACUGAACCUACGAGCAGUAAUAGUCAGGAACAGAAUGAUCUUGAAGGCAAAGAGGAUUGUUUGCUCAUGUAUUCUUGCAAACUGAACACCCAGUCCUAUAGAGCAGAAACAGGUUACGAAAAAGGUACAUUUUUCAUAAUUGAGUUGACCUAUCACAUUAGUCUGUCAUACCAAACGACGGAUGUGCAGGAUAUCUUCAAGAAGGUCGAGAAGAAAGUUCAAGAACUUGCAGCAAGAAGGAAAGUCGAUCAGUGCCCUGUCAUAUACUCCUCUCUCAAAAAGAGGCUUUCCUGGCGCCUGAAGUAAAACUAAGCAUCCUGUCCCGGCAUACUUACAAUCAACACACGCGUCUGAGACGAAACAUGCGAGACAACAGGUUGAAGUGCUGAUAUGGUUCUAUGACGCAGGAAGACAUUCCUCGCUGACGUUUCUACACGCAGUGAUGUGUUUCCCCUGACUUGUUUGGGUGCAAUAGAGGAGCUCAUGGCCCUUGCUUUUGCCAAGUUGUCUUCUUUCAUAAGAGAGUCCCGUUUCGAGGUACUAAAGAAUUCUAAUUGCCGCAUAGCCUUACGUCUAGUAUGUAGGCAGGUGUUAUUACCAUGGUGGGUUUACUAUUCUAUUGAUUAAUCUGCCAAUGGAGUCACAAAAGAGACCUUCUUAGAAGGCUUCUGUUCCGGCAUCUAGAAUUAGGUGGGUGCCUGCAUGAUCAUAUGUAACAACUAGAGCCACUUACAUGUCGUAUGCAACUAGUGCAGUUUAGUGCAAUCUCGAAUUGUUGUUAGAGACGAGUUCUACUGUUAUAGGACAAAGUGGUUGAAAUGUCAUUCCUUAGAGUAGAUUUUAGCAUUAGUAUUCUGUAUUUAAAAAACGUAAAUAAUGACAAUCUCAUCGUGAUCCAUCUCGACACCGAUCAUGAACAUAACUAAAAGAGAAAUUUGCUUUAUUUAAG